CCGCCUGCACGAACCAAGCAGUUAGUUGACUACUUGACUUGGAUAAACGACACGGUUUCAAGUCUAACCCAUCACUUUCAACAUUUCGCGAGCUAUCACACGGAGAGUAAGGGCACUCCCAAUGCAAGACUCUAUCGUAGAGUCCAAGAUAAUUAAUUAGAUAUUACUCGGAAAUUCCCGGAAGAUACUUUGAGCUCACCUCUCUUUAUUAUCAUCAUCAUGUCACGCGUCAGUCACACGCUCUAGUGCAGUUGAGCUUCAGCAUCCUCGUGGUGUGUACAGCUACACGUACUACAGCCAUGGAUUGCUUCGUCCGCUUGUUCGGGCUGGCCAUCGCCAACGCGGUGUGCAUCGGCGGCACGGGCCUCCUCAUCAACGCGCUCGUCGGGCGCGCGCGGAAGCCCCACAACACGAGCGACAUGGCCGCGCUCUCCGUCUUCCUCGUCGUCUGGGUCAGCAUCAGCGCCUGCGUCUACCCUGCCUUCUGCGGCGCGCUCUUCCCGUGGUCCGCGCUGGGGCGGCUCCUGUGCUCGCCUCAGCGGGGCCUCGCCUGGCUGCUCCGCCUGCCGUGCCGGUGCGCGCGCACGGCGGGAGCCCGGCUGCGGCACCGGACUAGCAGCGGCGGCGGCGGCGGCGCUUCUGCUGCUGCUGCUGCUGCUGCUGCCUCUAGUUCUUUGCCACGGUUCGUGGUGCGAGAGGACGAGAAGAAGGCCAUGCUGCCAUGUAUGUGCUUGCGCGGGAGCCGCCGGUGCGGGGUGGGGCGCGGGUGGUCGCCGUGGACGACAUCCCGGCGUACGAGCAGGAGGAGGAGGACGUGAUGAAGCGGCCGGACGACAGCCCGUCGGAGUGCGCGGUGUGUCUAGGCGAGGUGGAGAAGGGGGAAAUGGUGAAGCGGCUGCCGGGGUGCCUGCACAUGUUCCACCAGCAGUGCAUUGACUUGUGGCUGCGAGACCACUCGACAUGCCCGGUGUGCCGUUACAACGUCUUCUCUACGGUGCUACAAGUAGCAUGACGUCCUUCCUACUCAUUUUCAUUUUCUAGGAUCUUCAUAGUGACGGCCAACAACGGAAAGCUGAAUAUGUAAGGGCGUGUUUAGAUCCUUUAGUCUCUAGACUAGAGUGUAUAGCCCCUUUGAUAGAGGGACUAAGACGGUCUCCAACAGCCCUUACCUAAAUGUGAGAUGUAUUUGAUGUUUUGGGUCCUACACAAUAAAAAGGUCGAGCACCCAAAAUUUCACUUUCCCAA